AUGAUCAUGAACAUCAUCCUCGAUCUCCCCUACCACCCCCCUCCCCCACCACCCCUCCCCCACCACCACCAAAUGAUCCUCCCCCAAAAGAACCUCCUCCAGCCCCAGCCCCAAAUGACCCAAAUCUACCUCCUCCAGCUCCCCCCAGCCCCCAGCUCCACCACCAUACGAUCCGAACCUAGAUCCAGCUCCUCCACCCCCAGCCCCAGCCCCAUAAGACCCUCCACCCCCAAGUGA